AUGGACAUCCUGAAAGCCAAGUACAACAAGCAGCCACUAGUUGGCGAUGUUUAUUGCCUCAUCAACCUGAAGAUCAUUCUUGAUGAUGUGAUCAAGGAGUUCAUGGCCACUGUGAAAAACUCAAGGCAGUCAACUGUACCUGCAGACAUCAAGAUCAUCACAGGGCUUGCUUCUGCUGCAAUCACAGCCGCAACAAUGUAUAUGUCAAUAACAUCCGAAUUUAAGCAGCACAAAAGCAUAAUGGCAGUGCUGGUCGUGGUAUACUUUGUGAUAAACAUACUAAUGGAGAUCUACGAAAGAUGGAAUGGAAAGUCAAUGGUAUUCGGCACUAAGGUUGUGUCCACAACAAUCAAUGCAUCAGAUGCGAUAUACACUGUUAUUGUGCAUGAUAUCAAUCAGCCUACCCCAAGCAAGUACACAAGAUCAAUUUUUGAAUUGUUUGAUUCAGAUGGAAAGCUGAUCCACGAACGAUUCGUCGAAGACAUCCAAGAUCUUUUUGAAAAGUAA